AUGGAGGGCGUAAAAUCAGAAACACUUGCCAUGCCGAACUCGGAUUUGAAUGGCUUAAUUCAGGCCAGGUCGUUAGCACACGAAAAGAAUCCGGAAGAAACACUGCCUAAAGUACUAGAUACCACUUCAACCAUAUACUUUCCGCAAUAUCUAACUAAAUACACAGAUAUCCCACUCUCCAGGUUCUUCACCGAUUUGUUUCAUGAAAUUUUAAAUCACCCAAAGAUAUCAUCAAUUGAAAAAUCAUUAAUUGCAUCCUCUCAUAUACAUGAACUAUAUCUCAUAGCUCAAAAUGUAAAAGAUCCCGUUACUUAUAAGACUGCUGUGCUUACAUUUGCCAAUGCAUAUCCAUUAUUAAUUGAUUUAAUUUCCAAGACCUCUAAUGAGGAUACUUGGAAGAUAAUGACAUCGUUCAAGAAGUUUAUCAUAUCCAAUUGGGAUACAACAUAUCCAUUAACUGAUCUUAAUUCCAUCGACUUAAAUAAUGACGUCAAGAAUCUUGGCUGUAAAUUAGCUUCUGUGAAAUUUAUAUCUCAAGUGAUAAUAGUUCAUAUCACCCCAACAGAUAUGGAUGAGAAUUCAAGCAUGAAAAAUGUCAUCAUUCCCAACAAUCAUCCUGUAUUAGGAGCGAAGAAGAAUUUGGAGAGGGAAGCUAAGAAAUAUCUAGAUUUGUUGUUAAACUACUUGGUUGAGGAAGUGAUGAUGUGCUCUGAAUUAUUUAUGGGGAUAAUUAAUUGUCUUGCAUUCAUUAUGAAAGCCAGAGUACGAACUACAGUCAGGAUUCUUUCUGCAAUCCUGAAGUUCAAUAUAGACGCUAAAUAUAUGGUUGAAGGAAUGACUCCUUUAAAAUUUAGACUGUGCAAAAGAAUGAUUGAAAGAUGUUAUAAAAAUUUCGUUCAAUUUGGGAUGAAACAUCAAUUGAUUAAGAAAGAUAUGACUGGCACUAUCUUUGGAGAUAAUGCCGUUGACUUCUAUAGCAAAUUGGGGAAAAUUUCUCAAACUUUAUUUGGUAUAGGUGAAGAAGCUAAGGCAAAGGGUAUAUUGAAUUUUGAUGAAGCUCUUUUUACUCAUACGAUACCUGAUAAGAAGAAGACAGAUAUAUUGGCACGUAGAAAAUUUCUUGAUAUACAGAGGAAAAUUGAAUCUAACAAUGAUUUGCUAAAAAAGCUACAAAAAUACACCAUGGAUAAAUUAGAGUCUAGUGGUGAUGAUAGAACAAAAAUCUUUAAUACUUCAACUGUUGCCAUUGAUAAUUCAUACAGCGCCAUUUUUUCCCUUAUGAAUAGUGACAAUUCAAAGUUUGAUUUGUCUAAAUUUAAGAAUGAAGAGCCUAAUAAUGAUUCCCAAACCCCGUUGGAUCAAAAUAUCUUGAUUAAAUUAUGUUUAGAGGCCUUAACUGGAACUGGUGGGGAUAAUACAAGAUUUAUUUCUGCAUUAUCUAUUGUAGCAUCAAGAUAUACAAACCUCAUGGGCAAGACUAAAAGCUCUGGUGACGGCGAAAGGAAACGUAAAUUAGAUACAGAUAAUAAGGAUAAUGAAAACAGUAAAAGAAUCAAAACAGAGAAUGGAUUAGUAAAAGAAGAAGAAGAUGAUGAAGAGGAAGAGGAAGAUGAAUAUCAACCUAACAACUUGGUGGAAGAAAAACAAAUCUUUAAAUCAGAACCAAUGUCACAAGAGGAUAAGGUAGCCAAUCUAAAACGUAUCAUUACGCGAAUUAUUUCUAUCAAGGAUAUACCUAAUGAUAACGGUAAUAUAUUGUUGAAUAACAAACUUAAUAGUGAACUUCUCCACAAAUUGAAAUUACUCGAUUGGAAAAAUGAAGAAUCUGGAUUCCACAUUUUAAUCAGAUUAGCUAUCCGUGGUAUUGGCAUAGACUCUGUUGAAAUGGCAGAUCUAAUUAGAGAUACACUCUACGAAUAUUGUUUACAGGAUUUUGAUUCUAGAGUUGCACUCAUACUGGAGUGGAUGAACGAAGAAUGGUAUUAUGAAAUGGUGUCCGAAACAAACGAAUACGCUACAUAUGACAAAUGGUCCAAUAAAUUAUUGGAUGGAUUAAUCCCAUUUAUAGAAAACAAGCAUAGAAGAUUCUUUAUUCGUUUGAUGAGUGAAUUGCCAAGAUUAACAGAAGCUCAUCUCAAUAAGAUGAAACAAAUAUGUCUUGAUCCUGCAAGAAAUUCAUUAGGGUUUCAAACUUUAAAAUUUUUGGUCAUGUUUAGACCUCCCGUGAAAGAUAUUAUCAAGAGUUUCCUAGAAUCGUUAAUGACAGAAGAUAGCAGCUUGGAGGCUCAGUGCCAAUCCAUAUUAAAGAAGUGUUAG